AUGAACUUCCUGUGGACUCUGGAGAAUCUCUGGCGAGUUGGAUUCAUCCUUCUAGCUGCCACUGGAGCCUACGCUGUCAUUAAUCGGACAUUUGGCAGAUCUCUCCUGGCUAGAGUUAAACUGCGUGGUCGAAAACAUUCAACUUCUCAAACUCCACCGCGGUCUUUCUCUCCGGAAAAGAAAGCUGCAACAAGCCCAACUUCCCCAUCUAGCUAUGACAAUGUUCUCCCACCCCAACGCAGACACACACUUGCAGAUCUUAAUUGCGAUGCUACACCCAGACGCGACGUGCACGAAGAAGAAGUGCGUCGGAACAUUCUACCCAUGAGCGCCGACUAUAUGACCAGCCCGAGCGACAAGUACACACCGAUGGGAUUUUCCGUGGCCGAAGUCAAGCAACUAGGGGACUUUCCAGACUAUGCGACUCUCAGUGGAGUUCCACUCCCAAGCCCAUAUCCCGAAUUCAACAUCGACAAAGCCCUGCCUCGGCCAUAUCGUCCAUUCCGAUGGGCGUAUCACCAAACCAUGUCCUUGACCAAACUAGAAACAGACUGGUGGAUCGAGCUCGAAAACACGUACAAGAGCCGCAUCGCCCAGCGCAAGGAACUGUACGCUAAGAAUGGAAAGGAAGUCCUUGAUUCCAUGCCAGGCUCCGAACUUGCAUGCAAGGAGCUGAUGGAGAUGGUCUUGCAGUUCAUCUGCGCCCGAUACCCGCAGUACUUCACACUGGUGGACAAACGCGUGCUGCAAAACAGGAUUCUCGGUACCGAGCAGGAUGUCACAGCCAAGCCGCCUCUCGAAGUUCUUCUGGACAACGUACCAGAAGACUUCGCAAUUAUGCUUCGUGACGACACGACGGGAUUCUAUUUCCUGCGCGCGGCGGUGAUCUGCUCGGCGAUGGGGUGGAAUGUCGCGACAAAGGUUGGGAAGCAGUUGCAUGAAAUCCACGAGCCGAUUCCGGACUAUAAGGAGAAGAUGCAGUUCUCAAUGGAUCGAUUUUUCACCAAGAUGCCGACUGAGAAACCAAUUCAGCGAGGCUCUUGGGGCAUAGAAAUUGGACAGCCAUUGUACGUGCCACCCGGGCACCCUCACGAAAUGAAUCGGCAAUCCCAGCGGGCUGACUUGGCCAUUGACGAGUGUCACCUGCGGGUAGACUGGCAAACCCUCAGGCGUCUACCCUUGUCCGGUGCGGUGGUUUUCAAUUUCAAAGGGCUUUUUACUCUAGUCACGGAAUUCCGCGAUGAGCCUGGCGUACCGGGUUUGGUGUUGAAGCUUCUUAGGGAGGGAAAGAAGAACCUCAUGGAUUACAAGGGCGUUUGGCAUGUGCAGCAUGUUGUAAUUCCUAGGCUGAAGGAAUGGGCAGACGAGCAGAAGGAGAAUGGAUUAGUUCCGAAAGAUUGGGAGGUCUCUACUUUGGAUGAUAGUCCAUGGUUCAAGGGUUGGCAGGAAAAGUGGCAUCGGCAGCAGGGAUUCUAG